ACGCGCGGGAAGUCGCCGAGAGCCAACAAGAAGUAAAGUCAAGAGUUCGCAGUUCGCGCUUCGAUAAACUCGACAGAAAACGUCCUUUGGUAUUCGUGUGACAGUUUAUUCAUUGUGUAGUUCUUUUCUAGAAAACAUCCCUUUACAUGUUAUAAGUAGUCCUUGAGUUGUGUGGGUGUAGUAGAAGUGGAAGGUAGCUGCAGGUGCCUCAGCCAUGGACCUAGCAAGUCUGAGGAAAGGUUUGGAGCAGCAUCGCCAAUCACACCUGUUGCAGUUUUGGGAUGAUUUGUCUAGUGAAAAUCAAAAAGAACUUUACGAUGACCUCAGUUCAAUCGAUCUAGACCGAGUAUGCCAGUACUUUGGAAAAGCCACAACUGGACUGAGUGAAGCCCAGACGAAAAGCGAUGAGCGCCUGGAACCGGUCCCGGAAAAGGUAUGCGGCAGUACAUCCCGCAUGAGCAGCGAUGAGCACAAGCAACUGUUUGAUUCUGGUCUCCGAUUGAUAGCAGAGGGCAAAGUUGCAGCAUUACUCUUGGCUGGUGGUCAAGGCACUAGACUGGGCGUACCGUAUCCCAAGGGUAUGUACAAUGUCCAGCUACCUUCAGGGAAAACACUGUACCAGCUUCAAGCAGAGAGACUACUCAAGCUGCAAGAGCUAGCUUUCAAGUUGACCAAUCGACAUGGGGUCAUACCAUGGUACAUAAUGACAAGCGAACACACCAAAGACAAGACAGUGAAGUUCUUCCAGGAGCACAGCUACUUUGGCCUGGAAGCAGAUAAUGUGAUAGUGUUUGAGCAGCACAUGCUGCCGUGCUUCACCUUUGAGGGCCAGAUUAUACUGGCCGGCAAGCACAAGGUGGCGCGGGCACCAGACGGGAACGGCGGUCUCUACUCUGCCCUAGGUUCAGCAGAUGUCAUUGCGGAUAUGCGUCGCCGUGGUGUGGAGUGCAUGCAUGCUUACUGCGUCGACAAUAUCCUUGUGAAGAUGGCUGAUCCGGUGUUUGUUGGCUUUUGCCAUCAACGUUCGGCUGAUUGUGGCGCAAAGGUUGUGGAGAAAGCCUUCCCAACGGAAGCCGUCGGUGUGGUGUGCCAAGUGGACGGUCACUAUGAGGUGGUCGAAUACAGCGAAAUUGCGCUCAAGACAGCAGAGCUACGGCGGGAAGACGGCCGGCUUACGUUUAAUGCCGGUAACAUCUGCAAUCACUACUUCACAACAGACUUCAUCGAGUCGAUCGUCACGGAGCACGACAGCUCUCUUCAGCAUCAUGUAGCAAAGAAGAAGAUUCCGUUCGUGAGCGACGAUGGCUCGAUCACAACGCCAACCACGCCCAAUGGAAUUAAAAUGGAAAAGUUUGUAUUCGAUGUCUUCCAGUUUUCUAAGCAAUUUGCAGUGCUGGAAGUAUUACGAGAAGACGAGUUUGCGCCACUCAAGAAUGGCCCUGGCGCAGCCAAAGACACGCCGGCAACGUGCCGGAGCUCACUGCUGAAUCAACACUAUCGAUGGGUAUUGGCCGCUGGCGGCAAGUUCAUGGAUAGCGAAGGCAGUGUGUUGCCUCUCAUCCCUGCAAGGUCCUCGUCAAUGCCACAUACUACCGAUAUUGACUGUGAGGUCUCUCCCAUGGCGUCAUACGCUGGAGAGGGUCUAGAGGAGCUGUGUGCAAACCAGGUACUCACUGCGCCUAUUCAAGUUGUCCCCGGCAAGAUCAUCAAGCCAGAGUGUAGUUAGAAAGUGUCCUCUCGCGGCAAGUCAAAUUGCUGGGGCAAGUCAUAUUUUGAUAUUUGUUGAACCCUGUCGUUCCCGAUCCAGCUGAUCUCAGCAUUCACCUGCAGUGAUGGGUAUCUGUUGCUUCUCUGCUAGACAGCGAUGGCGUGUUCUGCCGUCAGUUUCCUCCAUUCAAGUAUAUGUGGUACUAUUUUUCUACUCCUUAUUACUCCAUCCCUAUUUAAUCGAAUGGAUUUCGUCGUGAUGUGCAUUGCACUAACACACUAGUUGACACCGCAGCUGCUCCUGCUCUCUUAGCUAGGCUUGCAGUCUUGUCUGGUCGCAUCCACGUCCAGUCUAUCCACUUCAGUCUCGUCAGUUUUGUUGCAAUGUCAACUUCUCCUUCUUCUUUUUUCCCCCACCUGCAAGCACUCCACGGAUUGCAAGUACUUUCCUAGUCGUCUUUUGCACUCGUCAAGUGUUCGUAUUGGUGUGCUGUUCACAAUGUACAUCGCUAGUGCAGAUUUUCUAUAAUCAUUAGAGCAUUCUGCUCCCCCUCCCCUUUAUUUUUGUUCAUGAACGUGUCUGGGAAAUGAACUGAUACCAUGUACCUGUACCACAGUAGCAGGAGUAGAUAUUUUACUACUCUCUUCUCGCAGUUUUUUUAGACCAUUCAAGGCAUGUUCAAGUGUUUUUGCUUUAGACGUGUCCCACUAGUAUGUGUACACUCAGAGAAUUUGGUGUGACCCGAGUACUGUAAA